AUGGGUGCAGGCGAUCUAGGUGCUCCUAAGCCGCGAGGCUUUAUGGCAGAAAAGGAUGCAUUUGCGCGACGUGAGGCUGCGCAUGAACUUAUGUAUAUUCGGGAACAGGAGAUGGAGAAGGUUAAGCGUCUUCGGCAGAAGCUUAAGGAACAGCGUCAGCAUAUGGAUGAACUCGAUAAACAUCUUGAGGAGUUUGCUAAGAGCCAGGGCGGCGAACAGAACUAA